AUGAGCUCCGGCCGAAAGCGCAAGGUGGUCGUCAAAUGUGACGUGGCCUUAGCCAAGCUGAAGCUGCUUCACAUCACCAAGACUGCAGGGACUGCCUUGGAAUCUUUGGGUCAGCAGCUGGGCGUCAAGUGGGGCAGGCGCUGGACUCAACUGCAUGCCCAGCGAGGAAAGCUACACCCCCCUCAUGCUGGCAGACUCCGUUCAGAGUGGUGGCACGUGCCACCACGUUUGUUCCUGGAGAAUCCCUACAGGAAUUACGUGACAUUUGCUGUGGUGCGCUGUCCCUAUGCCCGUGCGAUCAGUGAGUUCCGCUGUCGCUGGAAGGGUUUCUGUGCACCUGCCAGAGGCGAUGCACAAAAAGAACGCCGAGCACAUGCAAAAGCCUUGGAACUGAAUCAGUGGUUGCGGCAGAAGCUGAGCAAAGCCGCACGACCACCGUACCAAAAUUGCCACUUCAUUCCGCAGCACUUGUACAUCUUCGACACAGAGGGAAACCGUUGUGUUCAAGAGGAGAAUGUUUUGCGCUUUGAGCAUUUGGCUGAGGACCUGAAAGCAUUUGGCAAGCGCCACGGCUGUGAUUUUCCUCAAAUCCCUCGAGCAAAUGAGUCUGAGAUGCCAAAGUUUACAGUUGACGAUCUGGAAGAUGAAACACGAGCCUUGAUCGAGUCAGAAUUCUCUGAUGACUUCAGCUUACUGGGCUUCCAAAAGCUUGGGACCAAAGAUGACCCAUGA